AUGAAGAUCACCACCAUGACUUCAAUAAUAUCAAUCAUUUUGAUUCACACUUUAUUUUAUGUUGGAUUUUCUGAUGACCUACCACUUAUCACUACACUUUUACGAUUAUCAACAUCGUUCCUCCCAUCUUUUGACAUAUACCACCAAAUAUCAAAUCCAUAUUCCUCAUAUGAACCUCUAGAAAUAAGUAAGAAAAAGUCUCCACCACCUCCCCCAUCACCACCACCACCACCGCCACCUCCUUUUUUAUUUGACCAAUUUUUUCUAGCUCAAACAUGGCCACCAACAUAUUGUAAAAUUCAUAAUGAUGAUUGUGUCUCUCCAAAGCCAAUAAAAUUCACCAUUCAUGGAUUGUGGCCUAGUAAAAAAGACACUGAGAUACGAAAUUGUGAUAAAGCAAAAAACGUAGAUGUGACUGUUUUUAAUCCAAUAUUGGACAAACUUGUUAAAGAUUGGCCAGCAUUAUUUAAAAAGAAGUAUCAAACAGAUGCUAACUAUGCAUUAUGGAUUGAUCAGUGGAAUGCACACGGAACUUGUUCAACUCAAUUGUUCGAUUUUAUUCCAUACUUUGAGGAGACAUUAAAAGUUUACAAUCGAAAUAGUAUACAAGAUAUCCUUGAAAAAAGUGGUAUUAAAUCAGGUGGAAAGUAUCCAAAACAAAAUAUUCUCAAAGCAAUACAAACACAUAUUACAUUUAAGCCACAAAUUCGAUGUGAACGGUUUAAUAAUUUAGAUUAUCUAUAUGAAAUAAGACUUUGUUUAACAGCUAAUGCAAAACUAGAGUAUAAAAAUUGUGAUACUCCGUUCAGUGGUUGUCAAGAUAUAAGUAAUGAUUUAUAUUUCUGA